CAGGCACAACAUGGACAAGGCAGGUGUGCCACAGACUGGCACUUCUCUUGCCCACAGAAGUUUAUGCCAUGCUGAAAUCUCAAACCGGGCUUCUCUGGCUUGCUACAGUGGCUGAUUGACACAUACGUGUGUGCAGCUCUCUUAUACAGGGGUGGACUUAAGUUUGAGAAUCCUGACAUUUUUGGACCGUGACAGCACUUGGUGUGGUGUUUCAAGCUGUAUUUUAGCUUAAAAAAAAAAAAAAAGAAAAGAAAAAUACUGAGAGCUUGAAGUAAUGUAGGAAAUCAUUGUAUAAAUCAAAGGGCAGGGUUUUUUUUAAAGUCCCAAAUCUAAUAAAAACGUAAGAAUAAGGGCUUCUGCAACUAAAAAUCCUCCCUGCUCUUUACCCGGGGAAACAAAGUCCUCCAAAUGUGAAACGGCAGGCCCCUUGGCAUAUUCUCAGAGAGGUGUGAUAGAAGGGGUGAGGUUGGUGUGAAUGUUGUUGUAUUUCCUGGCUUUUGCACUUUCUGCAUUGCAGCUGAAGCAUGCUGUCAGCAGGGAACUUUUGAGAAGGACUCUGAACUAACCCACCCCUUCGGGAAAAGACUAGCUUCAGCCAGGAAUUCUGGCCCAUGUCGGAGAGACGAGAGGAAGAGCUUUGUUACUAGCUUGUGUUUGAUCUCGGCAGCUUUUUUGCUGCUCGCAGGAGCCUGCUAAUGAUACUUGUGGAAGGUAAAGGGGCCCAUGAUGUUAUACAGAGAGGAGCCGGGUGCCAUUUAACUUAGUUCUGGGGACAGAAAAUGCGUCCCUGCUGGUUCUUCAUUCAGCAUCUGUGCAGCCACGUUCUAUUGAUGGCCUGUUGUGAUUUCAAUGGAACAUCAUGGGAUGUACCUGGCACGUCGGGCAGCACUGGAUGGAGGUGCCUUUAGCCCAAUGUACCUGGCAUGGUGGUAAAGCGAAGGUGAAAGGAAGAGAAGGUGGAGAUGGAACUGCCAAAUCAUGCCAAACAACUGCUACUGCAGCUGAAUCAGCAACGAGCCAAAGGUUUCCUCUGUGACGUGAUCAUAGUGGUAGAAAAUGCCCUGUUUCGUGCCCACAAGAACAUCCUGGCAGCCAGCAGCAUGUACUUCAAAUCCCUCGUCCUGCAUGACAACCUAAUUAACUUAGACACGGACAUGGUGAACCCCACUGUGUUCCGACAGAUCUUGGACUUUAUUUAUACUGGGAAGCUCUUAACGACUGACCAGCCCGGUGAACAGAACUUUAAUGCUCUCCUCACCGCAGCAAGCUACCUCCAACUGCACGACCUGGCAGCUCUCUGCAGAAAGAAGCUGAAGCGGAACGGGAAAUCUUUCGCUGGCAGGGCCGGCGGCCUCGGUGUUGGGAGACCUGCCAGGAGCCAGAGACUUUCCACGGCAUCGGUCAUCCAAACUCGUUAUUCAGGGUCGACUGAGGGGAUGAAGGGCUCGCACUCAAAGGAGCUGUCAAAGGGAAAGGUCUCUGAUGAUGAGGUCUUCAUUAGCAGCUCCAACCAAGAAAACUCUCACUCCUUAAGCAGGGGAGCCAGCAAGAAUGGUAGCGGCAGCAGUGGCAGUGCAAAUGGGAGCACUGGCGACCAGGAGCUAGGCCUCGAUCUGUCCAAAAAAAGCCCGUCGCUACCUGCCGCAGCCUCCCAGGAUGACAUGCAGCACAGCGAAAGCCAGCAUGGCUCUCCCCAAUCUGCCUCAGCCCCCGCAGCCAACAGUGCCUCAUCAUUCGACGAGUCUGCAGUCGGAGUCCCCCAGAGCACAGCAGACAGCAGCGAACCCAUAGACAUGGAUGUGGGCGAGGAGAGCCACUCCUUGUCGGAGAGUGGCCAGCGCAAGAGCCUCAGGCACUCGGCUCGCAAGAAGGAGUGGAUCAAGAGAGACAACACCUUCGACCGCAAGGAUGGGGGCAAAGACCGAGAGGAGGGGGACGGGCUGCCCAAUGGCAUCCUGAUGGGUCCCUUGUCCAAGUCAGCAGAGCGGAGCCUGGGUGGUGCCUACGGCCCAGAGCUACCAUUCCAGUGUAAAGAGGAGGUGGAGAACGGCAAGGAGAACAGCGAUGACAGCUGCCAGAGCGAGAGCGAGAGCGGUGGGCACACGAGUGCCAACUACAUCUACCGGCAGGAAGGGUUUGAGCCGGUUGCCUAUGGUGACAACCUGUAUGUCUGCAUCCCCUGUGGAAAGGGCUUCCCCAGCUCUGAGCAGCUCAACGCCCAUGUGGAGACGCACACCGAGGAAGACCUUUACAUCAAGGAGGAAGGCACGUACGGCGGCAAGGAGGAGGCUGAGGAUUUGUCCAACCCCAACCAGCCCUACGGCGCAGAGUCCCGACCCUUUAAGUGUUCGGUGUGUGAGAAGAGCUACAAGGAUCCAGCCACUCUGCGACAGCAUGAGAAGACUCACUGGCUGACGCGGCCCUUCCCUUGCAACAUCUGCGGCAAAAUGUUCACACAGCGGGGCACCAUGACACGACACAUGCGCAGCCACUUAGGGCUCAAGCCCUUUGCUUGUGAGGAAUGCGGGAUGCGCUUUACCCGGCAGUACCGACUGACAGAGCAUAUGCGUGUCCACUCAGGAGAAAAACCCUACGAAUGUCAACUGUGUGGUGGGAAGUUCACCCAGCAGCGCAAUCUGAUCAGCCACCUGCGAAUGCAUACCUCUCCCACAUAAGCCAAAGACUCCAGAAUGAGCUUCGAGCCCAUCCGCAGUGAUUUACCUUUCUGUAGACUUGCUGCUUAAAAAGGGCAACUCCCCUCCUCUGUUCAGUCACGGGCGGCCUCAAUAAACGUAGCUUUAAUAUUUUUAAAAAAAGAAACGAGGUCCACAGCAGAGCUGAUGCUACUUGCAGAGCAGCCCUUCCCCCUUCCACUUUUCCUGAAUGUCAGUGGUCUGGUAAGAAAUGCCUCUUAUUUGGUGGGUGUUGCUCUGUUGACUCCAGCCAGGUAAGAGGAGAGGGGUCUCCUCCUUCUUGGAUGGAGAGAGAUUUCAUCUCCUGGAGAGAAGUCAGAUCGGUGCUGAUGAAACAGGCGCUCUCAGCCCUCUCUUUGCACUUCCGCAGUGCUUCACAGCCCUUAAACCCAGUGUUAUUUCUUGCCCAGACAAGGGCUGCCAGUGGAAACUGUCAUCCACUGGCUACCGUCUGUUUUCCUUUUCUGUGACCAUUUUGUUAAUAACCAGGCUCAAUAAGGGCAUUUCUUGCCACUGAAAGAAAUAAAUGUGUAGUCUUUGUUGUAGCCCAAGUGGCUACAAACCGAUGUAGCAUUUGCCUCUGGUACAACCUGUGCAGAAGCUGUGGCUGUGGACUGACUGUAACAGGGCUGGCGGCCCCUUUACAUUCUGUGGGAAGCCGUGAUGGUGGUGGGAGCUGUCGUCUUAUCCCAUGGGCUAGCGAUGGCAAAAGCAGCCUACCUAGGUGUGUGCCAAGUCGAGUGUCUCAGUUAAGGAGAUGGCAACACUUCCUGUUUCUUUUUGGGUUCAAUCCUUAACCUUGGCAUGCUCAACCACAUGCCAUCCCCUGUCCCUCCCCAAGCAUACACCUCUUCAGCCUUACCCAUGACUGAACAGGGAUUUGGAUGGCCCUGGGAAUUUCUUUCAGUGAGCAGGGGGUCGUCUUUACUUUUCUAGUAGUUUCGUAUGAAUAUUCUUUGCUUAGAGGUACUUGUUUUAUUAAAGGAAAAACCAUUGUAACGUU